CGGCCUGUUAAGCGCUGCUGAGCAGGUCCGCGCUCCGUUUCCUGUAUUUUGGCGUUGGAGGUGGCCUUUGUUGGCAAUCGUUCAUGUGAGGGCAUGCGUAUGAAGGUGGGAGAACUUUGGUGGAAUAUUCUGCAAUAUUCCUUUAUUUGCAUUUUCAGCGCGUGCAAGGUUUUUUUAAAAAAAAUCCGUAGCAUUUUUAAAAUAAAACGACUGCAGUAUUCAAGGCAGAAAUGCGUUAAAACUUGACUUCCUUUUUUCUCUUUUAAUGUUCAGAUAAUUUAGUCUCGAUGCAGCCUAGCAGGAGACGCAAAAUCGAGUGGGACAGCUUCGCUGUAAGCUCGCCUGCAAAAUUCUGCAGGCUCACCGAAGCGCCGCCCCAGCCGUCUCCCGCUAGCCCUGGCGGCGGCGAGGCGGCUGCGUUCGGGAAGACUCAAGUCGUCUUCUCCCCGGCAUCUUCGUGCAGGGAGUUCUCGCGAACUUCAUUCGCUGCAGUGGACUCUUCCUCUGAUGAAUUUGAAGUAGAUGAUGGCAUCAGUAGUGGAACUAAGCAAGGCCAAGACCAUCCUGCCCUUAGCAAAAGCUUUCUUGUAAAGCCCACCGCUUCUGAUAUGUCUGUGAAAAAUGUGGCAUCUUCCUCUCAGAAAUCUGUGAAACAGAAGAUUAAGCAAGAAGAUUACAGUGAUACAGGAGCAAACAUUGCACCAGUUCCUGAAAGAAAAAGUGCUUCAAAAGAAAGGUGGACUGAAUGUGGCCAGAAGAGAAUAAAAGACCAUGAUCAGGACCAGGGAUCUCGAAUAAUAUAUCGUAAAGCUCUGCUAGGUAUAUUUGGGGGACAAUUACUAGCUCAAAGAAAAACUGCAUCUAUAAAUGGAAUUCAUAAAGAAAGGCCUUACAGAAAAGAGGAAAUUGGAUCAGUUAACAACCUGAGGCAACUUUCAGUAGUAUCAAAAAUUAAAGAGCAACAAACUGGAAACAAUUCACAUUGCUUGAAAACUACGCCAAAGAAACAUAUUAAUAUUUCUGUCAAGCAAGAUAGUGAAGAGUCAUGUUGGUCAGAUGGCAAUUCAAGACACAUAUCUGUAAUCUCAAGUUCAGGAGAAGAAGAACAAGAGCCCAACAUUCAGAAAGUUCCUUCAAAAUCAGAAAAUAACAAUUCUAGGCACAGUGUAAAAGCAAUUUCUGGGCCUCAGCCUAAUUUAAGACACAGCUCUGCAGUACUGGGAAUUGAAAAAAAAUCAGAACUUCAGCAGGAUACCAACUUUGAAAAAGCUACUACAAAAAAGGAAAAUAAAACUUUGAAAUACAGUAUAAAAGAGAUUUCCAAACCAGGAGUUGGUUCAAGACAAACCCCUACAGAAUCAAGACUUGAGGAUGAAACAGAUCUUCAACAGGAGUCCAACAUUCGGAAACUUUCCUCAAAAUCAGAAAUUAAUACUCAAUUCAGACAUCGCGUGAACAAGAUUUCUAGAUCAGAAUCUGAUUUAAGACAGAGCUCUGCACUAUCAAAUUUGGAAAAGGACUUAGAAGUUCAACAGGAUUCCGACUUUCAAAAAGCCAGUAUAAAAACAGAAAAUAAAAUCUCUAGGCAUAGCAUAAGAGAAGCUUCCAAAUUGAUGGGUAAUUCACAACAUAUCCAUGCAGUAUCAAAAACCAAAGAUGAAUUAGAACUUCAACAGGAUCCCAAUAUUGAGAAAGCUGUUACAAAAACAAACAAUAAAAUUUCUGGGUAUAGCGUAAAAGAAGUUUCCAAACCAAGGGUUAGUUCAAAACAUAAACUAUCAAGAUCCGAACAUGAAUUAGAGCUUCAACAGGUUUCCAACUUUAAGAAAGCUGCUACAGAAACAGAAAACAAAACUUCUAAGUAUAGCAUAAGAGAAGCUUUCAAACCAGUGGUUAGUUCAAAAUACGUUCAUACAGUAUCAAGAUAUGAAGAUGAACUAGAACUUCAACAGGAUCCUAGCUUUGAGAAAACUGGUAUGGAGACAGAAAAAAAAACUUCAAGGUAUCACGUAAGAGAAGUUUCUAAGCCAGUGGUCAGUUCAAAGCAUAGUCAUAGACUGUCAAGAUUUGAGGAUGAACAUGAAGUGCAAGCAGAUUCCAGUGUUGAGAAAGCCGCUACAAAAACAGAAAACAAAAAUUCUAAGCAUAGCAUAAGAGAAGUUUCCAAACCAGUGCUUAGUUCCAAAUAUAUCAAUACAAUAUCAGGAUUUGAAGAUGAACUAGAACUUGAUCAGGGAUCAGAUGACUUGCAGGAUUCAGUAGAAGAGAAAACUGAUGCUUCUGUUGGACAGAGUAAAAGGUUUUGGAAAGAAAAUUGCCAAUCAGAGCACAGAUUUAAAAGCAAGCCUAACUUUUCACAAGUUGGAGAGCAAAAAGAUAGGCAAGUCUCUCCUAAACAGCGAAGUAAAACCUCUGAUGAGGAUAUUUUUGCUAGCCAAAGUAGAAAAGAAUAUUGGAACUCAGAAACCCACUUGAGAUGUGUGUCUGAAGAUUCAAAAUAUGAAGGUGAACAGACCAAGCAGAAUAGCAACAAUCAGAAAGCUCUUGUGAAAGGUGUUAUUACUGGUACAAAACAAAGAAACGUAGCGAAAGACAAAUGCAUUUCCUCCACUUCAUCUAAUGCACAAAGUGAUGCCGCAGAGAAGUUUGUGAACUUCCAGAGGACAGUUAUUGUUGAACCCUCUCCAGAACCAGUGUUAAUGGAUGAUUCAGAGACAGAUAAAAAGUGUAUGGAGGACAAACAGCUUUCAGCUGAAAAUGAUUGGUCUAACAUGGAGGAUGGAGAAUCUCUGGUUUCUUUUUCACAAGAAGAUUCCAUCCCUAACCACCAUCUUUCAGAAAUGAUGGAAACAUCACUGUCAAGAACAGAAUUUGUGAUGUAUCCUCCUCAUUUGUACAGUCAGAAAAUGAGUGAUUAUGCAAAAUACUGGACAAGCAGUCCAAAGCCAACACAUUCUUUUUCAAGCACCACUGAAAACACUUCGUAUUCUAAUAGUCUCUGUGAUAUUUCUUUGGAUACCCCAAUAAAUACACCAAAGGAUAAAAAACGUUCAGUGGAAAGUACACAAGAGAGAGAGUGGUCAUAUGGUUCUCUACUGAACUAUAAAGAGAGAAACAGACGCUGGGGUACAGAAAUAGGAACAUACGUUCCUAUCUUCUCUUCAUUGCGCAAGUCAGAUUCUUUCACUAAUAAUUGUAUAAACCAGGAUUUGCCUAGGAGCUUGCCCAGAUAUUUAGAAGAGGGGUUUAUUGAUACGCACUGCCAUUUGGACAUGUUAUAUUCAAAAACAGCUUUCAGGGGCACCUUUUCUGAAUUUAGGAAAACGUAUAGUAGCACCUUUCCUGAAGAAUUUCAAGGCUGUAUAGCUGACUUUUGUAACCCUCGUACUUUGAACAACAACUUAUGGGAAGAUUUAUUAAAGGAAGACAUGGUUUGGGGGGCGUUUGGCUGCCACCCCCACUUUGCUCGUUAUUACACAGACCUUCAUGAAAGAAAGCUCUUGCAGGCAAUGAGACACCCCAAAGCUAUUGCCUUUGGUGAAAUAGGACUGGAUUACUCUUACAAGUGUAGUACAGAAAUCUCAAAGCAGCAUACGGUUUUUGAGAGGCAACUGCAUCUAGCUGUUUCCUUAAGGAAGCCAUUGGUCAUUCACUGCAGAGAUGCUGAUGCUGAUCUGUUAGAAAUCAUGAAAAAAUGUGUACCAAAAGACUACAAAAUACACAGGCAUUGUUUCACCGGCAGUUACAGUGUCAUUGAACCACUUUUAGACUACUUCCCAAAUCUAACUGUUGGAUUCACGGCGUUGCUGACUUACCCAUCAGCAAAUGAGGCUAGAGAGGCUGUUCGAAAAAUCCCAUUAAGUAGAAUAGUGGUAGAAACAGAUGCACCUUAUUUCCUUCCUCGGCAGGUGCCAAAAAGUGUAAGCCGGUUUUCUCAUCCUGGAGUAGCUCUGCACACAGUGAAAGAGAUUGCCUGUCUCAAGGAGGUGUCAUUACCUGUCAUGUUAGCUGCUCUAAGGCGAAACACCAACAAAAUGUAUAACUUGUAAGAAGAUGCAAAAGAGGAGGAGGAAGAGCUGAAGAGGAAAUGCUUCUGUAAAGUGAUCUGAUCCUUUUAAAUUUAUUUUGUAAUGUAAAUAUAGAUUUGGACUUCUAUGCUAAUACUGAUACCCCUUUAAUAGCUUUUUUUUAAUUCCUCCAGUUCCAUUUUUUGUUCCUGCUGUUUAAGGUGCCUCAGUGUUGAUUUUAAUUCUAAUAGCUUUGUUUUUUAGUUGUUAAUCCUUGGGGGCAAGAGGACAAACUAUCAGUAUUUGAAUUUUUAAAAAAAGAAAAUAGAGACAAACCUAAAGUGCUCUUAAAACUAUCAAGCUAAAUCUAAGUAUUUCUUCUGAGCAGCAAACCACCUAAAUGCUGCAAUAUUUUCUUCAUUGUAUACCACAGUUAAAACAUUUCCCAUUUAUGUAACGUGUAUAUAGAAAUAGCUUCAAAGAAGUAAUGAAGUGUAUUUCCUGUUUCUGAUUGGGUUUUUUCAGUGUAUUAACAUGGUUCUUUUCACAGGAUGGAAGUAAAUGAUGAAUCAUUUUUAAAGAGAAAUUAAUAUUGUACAAUACACCAAUAUUAUUUACAGCACUGUUUGUGAAAGUCACAGAUAUUCUCUAGAUGCAUUAUGUUGUAGUGAAAAACCCCCACAUGCAUGCAGGAUAGUGAAACAAAGUUAAGGGAGUAAAGUAGGAUGUUGAGAUUAUUCAUGGAAAACUGGUUGACUUUUAAUUUCCAUUUGGGUUUGGUCAUUUUUAAUCUCUUCAGAGUUCUUAAUUAGGGAAGUGAUUAUAUGUUUCUAUAAUUUUAUGUAUUAUUUUGACUUUCAACAACUUAUUUGUAAAUAAAUUAUUUUUACAUCAGUAUUCUUACAGUUAUCUCAGUGAAGAAAUUAAUCUUGUAGUCGGUAACACUGAAAAGAAACAUUCCAUAUCCUUCCUUUGUCUUCAAAAUAGCUGUGUGUUUUAUUAAAACUUAUUUCUGUAGAUACUUGUGCUCAUGUUAUUAAAUAUGUUCCCCAGUGUUUGUGAAAGUAGGUUUUUAAAUAGUUUUUCCUUUUGCACACAUGCUCAGGGUGUAUGCUUUAAGAAAGAAUAACAAUAUGAUACUAUCAUCUUGCAAAUGCUAAAGAAAUGGCAAAAGAUUAGGAACAAAAUUGUCCUUUAAGGUCAUACUUACCCCUUUGAUUUUGUUGGCUUCCUGUUGAGCAGAUACUUUUUUGAUGUAAUUGUUACCAGCAUAAUUGUUUCUACAAAGAAUAUGGGUAUACUCACCUUUAUAUUAUAUACUUGCACGUAGAUGUAUACCAUUGGGAUUUGUAAUAAACUAAUACAUUUUCCCUUUUUGGAACUAAA